AUGGACGAAAUUCAACCCGACAAGAAGCCGAGUCAGCCAGUGGAGAGUAGCACUCCUGACUAUGAAGUUGCUAAAUUGACGACGAUUGAUGAUUAUGAGGUUGAAGAUUUCUACGGAUCCUCAACCACUAAGGCAUACCGUUUGAAGUCCGAGUUGGUUGGAAAAUGUAUGGAAGAAAUUGGCAUGGGCUGGUUUCAAUGGAAACUCUUCGUGGUUACCGGCUUCGGAUGGAUAGUCGAUAAUUUUGCGUCUCAAGGCAUUGGAAGUGUCCAACCCCCUAUUAAGCAAGAGUUCUUCGGCAUUGUGCAAGUCAGCUACAGUUCGGUUGCAUAUUAUAUAGGAUUGAUUCUGGGUGCUUCGUUCUGGGGUCUGUCGAGCGAUCUCAUCGGACGUAAACCUGCCUUCAAUUAUACGCUACUCAUUGCUGGGAUCUUCCUCUGCGCCGCUGCUGGAUCGAUGAAUUUCAUCGCAUUCAGUGCACUUUGGGCUGUGAUUGGAACUGCCGCUGGUGGAAAUGUUCCUGUUGACUCCAUGAUAUUCCUAGAAUUUGUCCCAGGAAGUCAUCAAUAUCUUCUCACGGCUCUCUCGGCAUGGUGGAAUCUGAGCCAACUUAUUGUGUCCUUGAUUUCUUGGGUAUUCUUGGCCCACUUCAGUUGUCCAACCGACGCCACCCCUGAAACCUGUUCUCGAAGUGAGAACAUGGGAUGGAGAUACACACUCAUCACUCUAGGUAGUUUAGCCCUCACAUUUACCUUUGUUCGCAUUUUCGUUUUCAAAUUACCCGAAACCCCCCGAUAUCUCCUCUCCCAGGGAAGAGACCAGGAUGCUGUCAACGCCAUCAAUCACGUUGCCAAGCAAAAUGGCAAACCAGAACUCUUGACACUUCAGAUGCUCCAAGCAAUCGAUGCCCGGUUUGGAAACAUUCCCAGUGAAGAAGGAGAGUCGAAGCGAAUGACAACGAAGGAAAUCGUGAAAGAGAACAUGCAAGCCUUCAAAGGGGAGCACUACCGUGCGCUAUUCGCAACCAGAAAGCUCGGAAGACAAACACUGAUCAUCUGGGCCAUCUGGUUGACAGUCGGAAUUGCAUAUCCGCUUUUCUUCGCCUUCUUGCCUUCCUACCUGGCAACCAAAUUCACGGAAACAUCUUCUCUCUCCCUAACCUAUCGGAACUACUGUAUCACAUCAGCUGUCGGAAUAGUCGGACCGUUAUCCGCCGCAGUAUCGGUGAACACACGCAUGGGCAGAAGAUGGAUGAUGGGGAUUUCAGCCGUUGUCACGGGCGUGUUCCUCUUCGCAUAUGUCGGAGUCAAUACUCCAUCGGCUGACUUGGCAUUUUCUUGCAUUACCAGCCUUUUGGCGAACUUCGAAUAUGCUAUCAUGUACGCCUUUACUCCGGAAUCAUUCCCAGCUCCUCAUCGUGGCACAGGUUCUGGAACAGCGGCUGCCCUUCUUCGAUUUGGGGGACUUGUUGCUAGUAUUAUCUCAUCACAGACUGGAUUCACUACUGCGCCAAUCUAUGCUAGUGCGGCAUUGUGGAUUGUUGUCGGCGUGAUGUGUCUAGGAUUGCCCUUCGAGACACAUGGUCAUGAUGCGCUGUAA